CGCAACAAUGAAAAAUUAAACACGGGUUGGAAAACAGUGAAAAUGGUGUUUACGUGAAUAGCGAAAGAUUUUAAUAAGUGUUCUUGUUAGUGUUGUGCUUUUUUUGUUUGUUUCUUAAAGUGCAAUUAUGGCAGCAGUGCAUCGCCCCCUGGUUUAGUGAACCUGUUCUGGUGUAUUGCACGGAUGGGAUACUUACCUUCUACUUGAUUCACCUGACAGAAUGCAUACUCCAGAGGGAACUUUGGAGAGGGGUCAGGCACCACCUCUUCCUCCUCCUUAUACUGCUCCCGGGCACCUUGUCCAAGAAAAACCUGCCGGCGACCACAGCUUGCAGGUGGACAUGUCUCACGUUAUGUCACUGCCAGGGCAGGAUCAAUGUGAUAAUAUUACUAACAGUAUGAUAUGCAUCCAGGAUAGAUUAGGUCAAAUUAACAUUCAUCAUCAAGUUCACAACGACUCUCAAAAGAUUGCUAUAAGUGUGCCAGAUGGGGCUAUAUGCAAUAACAAUGACAGUUCCCCAGAAACUCCUCAGGUACCUUACAACAAGCAGGGAUGGAUGGAGGGAAUAUUUGGCUGUCUCAGACCAGUUUUGUCCAUCAUUGGAAAGGCCAACGCCAAUGAAAUCAAAGGAAACCAAGAUGAUUGGGAAAUUCCAUUUGAAUUAAUAACCGAUUUGAAGUGGUUGGGUUGUGGAGGGCAAGGUAUAGUGUUUUACGGGACACUUAAUAAUGAACCUGUGGCAGUAAAGAAGGUUUCGGACAUAAAAGAGACAGAUAUACGAAAUUUGCGCAAACUCAACCAUCCCAAUAUUAUUAAGUUCAAAGGCGUGUGCACGCAACCUCCUUGCUUCUGUAUAGUAAUGGAAUAUUGCCCAUAUGGACCUUUAUACGAUCUUCUCAGGAAACAGGACAAAUCCGUCACACCAAUUAGAAUAGUUAGUUGGGCAAAACAGAUUGCUAGUGGAAUGCAGUAUUUACAUUCCCAUAAAAUUAUACACAGGGACCUCAAAAGCCCAAAUGUUUUAAUAGGGGAAAAUGAGGUGAUAAAAAUAAGUGAUUUUGGAACUUCGAGGAUGUGGAACGAGGUCAGUACUAAGAUGAGUUUUGCGGGCACAGUGGCUUGGAUGGCGCCUGAAGCCAUUCAAGAGCAAGCUUGUUCAGAAAAAAUUGAUAUCUGGUCAUUUGGAGUUGUCUUGUGGGAACUGCUAACUUGCGAGACCCCCUAUAAAGAUAUGGAACAAAGUGCCAUAAUGUAUCUAGUUGGUUGUGGAAAACUUAACCCUCCUAUACCAACGACAUGUCCGGAAGGAUUUAAAUUGAUUAUGCAAAUGUGUUGGAAGUUUAAUCCUAAAGAUAGACCGUCGUUUAAGCUUAUUUGUAAUCACUUGGAAAUUGCAUCAGUAGAGAUAUUGAGUAGUUACAAAGACAAGCAGUUCUUCAAGACACAGGAGAGUUGGAAAGAAGAAAUUAAAACUCAGAUAACACAUUUCAAGAUGAAUCUUCAAAAGAGAAGACAGGAAUGUUAUUUGAAAGAAGAACAGUUAGUUAAGAAACGAGAAAAUGAAUUGAAGCAUAUACGCGAUAUUAAGGAAUUGUAUGAUAGAAAGCUGGAAAGAGUUAAUCAAAUGUAUCUCGAGUUAUCUGUCGUUUUACUCCAAUUGGAUCAACAAAAACAGGAAUGCAGGAAAAGAGAAAUGAUGCAAAACAAACGCAGAUUAAUUCAUCCUUUUAUGAAAAAAUUAGAGAAGAGAAGAGGAAGUCAACACAGUACCACACCCACCAGUCCAGAAUACAGUCUUACAAGCCCUGAUAGUCCACAAACAGUUCAGUCUAAAUCUCCAUUAUACAAUACCGCCGUAUCAUCUUCAAGUACGGUAGACCCAGCGGCUCCCAUUCAUGGACAAAAUGCUACACGACCUUUUCGCAAAAGACAUCACAGAUCGAAUUCAGGAUCACCAAGAACAUCCGGGUGCUCGCGGUCGUCUAGUAAUCGUAUGUCUGUUCUUGUUGAUACAGAAACUCAGACAGAAUGUAUGGAUAUAAGUGAGACUGAUAUGAGUCCAAGCAGUAAUACCACAGCAAGUACUAUUCCUCUUAGUCUAUCGAGAUCAUGCCAACCUCAACGAGUUAUUCUACGAGAGUUUAAAGAUGGUUCAGAUGAAGGUGAUGCUUACAAUGGGAAUACAGUACAAAUAUGUUAUUUGUCGGAACAAGAUCACCAAUUAUCUCGUGAAUUUAUCUCUAUAACUCAUUCUGGAACUCCCUGUUCCGAGUUCCUCGACGAACCGAAUGACGAUGUCAAUCGAAAUCCACACCAUAAAGGUAUUCGCGACAGUGAUGAUGAUCAUCUAGAGACAAUAGGAAGAAAAGUUUCUGAAAUAAUAACGAUCACCAAUGGAAAUAUUCUAACAGAUACGCGAUCAUUAGAAAAUGGAAAUGUAUCGGAUAAUAUAGACGGCGUACUAAAAAAGAGGCGAUGCUCAGAAACCAAGGAGUUGGAGAGUGCUGAGGAUGCCACUAACGAUAGUCUUACUGAUGAAGAAGGCGAAGAUGGACAGUAUGAUCAUUCGCUACGUAGAAGAAGCUUGGCCCGAAGACCUAUAUAUCCCGGAAGACGUUCCAAUAGGUUUAAAUACAUCAACCAAUAUCAAAGAGAACCUAACCAGUCGGACGAAGGUAACACGUCAGAAUACUCAAAUCCUCCGUCGAGCAAAAGUUCGACGUUAGAGUCUAAACCUGACACUAGGACUCAAUCGACAAAAAGGCCAAGCGAAAGGUCCGAUGGGUCAGCAACGGACAGUGACGACUCUGAUGAAAAUAUUACCGUUGCUACGGAAGUCUGCUACGAAGUUGGCAGUAAACUUGAGAGCGUAGUCUGAUCUUAGUUAUAGUUAAUUUGAUUCAUCGUUGUUCGGUUCAUGAUCCUCUUCGUUGAUGGCUGCAUUCUAUUUUGAAUUCAUGAUAUAUGUGGAAAAUCCAAAAUUCUUCGAAGGAUGAAAAUAGGUAAAUAUUUUUUAGUUUAUUUGAUAAAGGCAUUCUUAAUUGUUGUUUAUCCUAAGUUUUUUUAAUAUCUUAUGCUUACAUUGUUUGUGUGGUGAAACUGGAAAAUAAUUUGAAAAAAGUAACAGAUAUUCUCGAUUUUGCCAAAAAAAUUGAAAAAUCUUUAAAAAAGUAUUCAUUAAUUAUAUCGGUUCCCAUGACGGAAAAAGGACAAAAUGAAUUUUUUGAGUUUUUACAUCACAUUUUUGUAUAUAUUUUUAAGUUGAAUAAGAAUAGAAUGUGGCCUGUGUUAUUUUUUCUUUGUGAUUUCCAUGAGAUUAUCUAUAAGUUCGCUGUGUCCUGCAUUACAUUCCUACAUACUUUGUGCAUUCAAGGUCCUAAUAAUAUGGUAAAUGUUUUUCUUGAAAGUCAGCUGUGAAUUUUGAAAGAACAGUUAUUAAAUUUUCUGAAGUAUUAAUAGCAAAAUUUUAAAUUACCAGAUGUUUUUAUUUUCUAGUUGAAUUUUGAAUGAUUUAAAACAUUUAACUAUUUUAAGAACGUUUUGAAUUUACAAUUGCAAAAAAAUUAUUAUUUACCAAUAUUUUUUAAUCCUUUUUGUAUUAUGUGUCUUUUUACAACUGUAAAGUUGAAUUAAAAUCUGCAUGCUUCUAUUUUAUGUUACGGUCUUGUUAGUUUAAGGUGUUUUCGUGGCAGUAUUUUAUUAAGUUUUAAUGUGCUAAAAACAUACUUUUGUUUCGUUAAGUCUAAUUCAAAAUGUUUUAAAUUUUAUUCAAAAAUUGACUAUUUCAGAAUUUUACGGUGCAAGCCGUGCUGAAUGCUUAUAUUCGAUAACAUCGGUGUAAAAUUGAUGAAAUUAGAAUUUCAAGUAAUCUCUGAUUAAUAAAAAUAAUUAUAAAUAAUAUUGUGAAAAUUCUUAGAAGAUAAGUAACUUGUUCAAAUCGAGAAAAUAUUCUUAUACUUCAUGGUAUUAGUAAAAUGUAAAAGAUUUUUGGUUGUGCGUGUUCGAAGCAAAUUUGAAGCUCAAUGUUUAACUAAUAUUAAGGACAAUGUAUAUACAUGUGUGAUGCUUUUUUAGUAUUUAUUAUUUACUACUUAUAACAAAGUAGCGUUGAUAUUAUAUAUUUUAGAUCCUAUUGAUGAUAAUCGAAGCCGUCAUAACAAAACAUUCCAUUUUUAUUUAGUUAAAAGAUAAUACAGUUAAGAGAAUUGUAUAGUUUCUGUGAAAAUAUGCAUGCCUUCGAAAUAUUGCCUUCACUUUAUAUCAGUGCAAAAAGAGUUGCCCCCAUGAAGUUUGAACAUAUAAGUAGGUACAACUUUUAAUAAACACUCAAAAACUGAAGAAACCGUAAUUAUUAAAAAUAUUGAGUGUGAGAUUCCAUUUUUGUUUUAAUUUUAACUCAAACUGAUUGUCGAGACAAACUAUUAAAUGGUUAAUAAGAUGAUGACUAUCAAAUACAGCUGGUACAAAUUUUCAUUCAUUAUCAUGGGUUCAUGGAGUCUUUAAUCCAAAGACUAGUUGAACAAGCGUUUACACCUUAUUCCUGAAAAUAGGAACAUUCCACAUCCUUACGCAAAUAGUAAUCUAAUCUAAGUUUUUCUCAAUCCCAUUUUAUUGAUGUUUCUGCUUUUGAUAUGUCUUUUAGUUCCUCAUGUCUCAAGUGUCCUACCAUCAUAUCUUUCCUCUUUGUUCUUUAUUUAUUUCAAUAUCUUUCCAUUUCUAACAUUGUCUUUUCCAUCACGCUCCUGUACACAUUUCGCAUUCUUAUAGAGCCGUACAUCGAACGUUGUCAAGUGUAUGAUUUUUUAGAAUUUCAAAAUUAACUGUUCCAGAGCACAUACGUUAAAAACAACUCAAUCCUGCACUAUUCUUUGUUUUAUGUCUUUCCUCAUUUUUUUUUUCUUGACUUAUCAAAGCUCCUGGAUAUCGAAAAUCGACGACUUCAAGUUUUUCUAAUUUUCAUUCAAAUUAUACCAAAUUUAAAUGGCGGUAAGUUAAAAUAAUUUACAUAAUUUUAUUUUCGGAAAGUAAAAAUUUCGUUAUUAAAUUAAUUCGGCUCAAUAAGAAAUCCUUUAAUCUUAAUUCGUGGUUGUGAUAGCAAAAUCCAUAUACGUAGUUCUAUUUCAAGAAUUGAAUUAUGUACAUAAGUUUGAGUCGACAUGGAUAAAAUCAUACUACAAUUUAUUCUUGUGCUAGAAAAUUUGAUGCUACUCUCAUAACUCCUUUUUAUAUUUAAUUUUCAUUUCACCCAAGGAUAAAAUAUUUUCAAACGAAAUAACAAGACGGCAAGCCAUAUUAAUUAUAUUUUUUAUGCCAUAACUCUUAUUCACAAGUAUUUGUCAAGUUUAUUUUAAAUGUUGCUUCAGAAUAGUUUUUUGCUAUAUCUACAAUACAUAUGGUAAACGUACUUAAUUUAUAUUUUUUACAAUUACUUGAUGAAGGGUGCAUGAUGAUGUUCUUUACCUUGUGAAAUUGAAAGAAUAGUUACAAUUUUUGCACUGAUAUACCUAAUAAUUACUUAAUAGAAAAAUAAGGUUGCUUCACGUUAAAUGUGUAGAUAUAAAAAGAGAAAAAUGUACCUUUCGUAUUUUUGAUGUACUUAAACGAUUUAAAACAUUCUCAUUCCUUAAGUAGAUAGUAAGUUAACAAUAGUAGGUAAAUUAAUAGAAUAAGAAUGCGAAGUUGUAAACCAUUUUUGAUUUUUACUUGCCUAAUAGUGUAGUAGACAAAGCUACAUAUGUAUUAACUAUUGUGGCAUGCAAUGUAGUUAUUUACUUUUUAUACGAUAUUAUUGUUGAAUCAUUUUGUACUGUUUCUUUGUUUUUUUUUUCAUAAUACAUAUGUACAAAUUCUCGUAAAGUACAAUACAAACACGUAUUAAUAUAA